UACUUCUUCCGGUUCACGUCACAGUGGCAAUGCCAGUGUUUUUUUGGGGCAAUAUUAUAAAUCCUUUAGAGAAAUACAAAACGAGUUGACUGAUCUCUGGAUUAUCUAUUUAGUUUCAGCGCUUUCGCUGUAACUGAAGUCAAAUAUGGAUAUCCCCAGUCCCCCCGAAGAUCAAGAGCUGAGGAAUGUGAUUGACAAACUGGCUCAGUUUGUCGCUCGGAAUGGGCCAGAAUUUGAAAAGAUGACAAUGGAGAAACAGAAGGACAACCCCAAGUUCUCCUUCCUGUUUGGGGGAGAAUACUUCAGCUACUACAAGUGCAAGCUUGCUAUGGAGCAACAGCAGCAUCCCUCUACCCACGAUGGGGAGGAGUAUAAAUCCGAAGAAAUGUACAACCCGGGCGCCAAAGAGGCGGUUGAUCUCCCUCCUCCACCGAUGCCGAUGAUCGCUCCACCUCCCAUUCCUCCGCCUGCUGCACCCUCUAUUGAUGAGCUCAUCCAACAGAGCCAGUGGAAUCUGCAGCAGCAGGAGCAGCAUCUGCACACACUCAGACAGGAGCAAGUGACUGCAGCUAUAGCUCUGGCUAUGGAGCAGCAGACCCAAAAACUGCUGCUGGAAACUCAGUUGGACAUCACAGAGUUUGACAACCUGUUGCAGCCAAUCAUAGACACCUGCACCAAAGAUGCUAUCUCUGCUGGUAAGAAUUGGAUGUUCAACAACGCCAAGACUCCACUGCACUGCGAUCUGAUGACAUCACAUCUUCGCAACCGUAUCACUACUGAUGGAGCACAUUUUGAGCUUCGCCUACACCUCAUCUAUUUAACCAAUGACGUUCUCCAUCACUGCCAGCGGAAGCAGCAGAAGGAUUUGUUGGCAGCGCUGCAGAAAGUGGUGGUUCCCAUCUACUGCACCAGCUUCCUGGCUGUAGAGGAAGAGAAGCAGCAGAAGAUCACCAGGCUGUUGCAGCUUUGGGAGAAGAAUGGGUACUUUGACGACGAGACCAUUCAGCAGCUUCAGAAUCCAGCGCUGGGCCUCGGCCAGUACCAGGCGUCUCUGAUAACAGAGUAUGCUGCGGUGGUGCAGCCGAUCCAGCUGGCCUUCCAGCAGCAGAUCCAAGCUUUGAAGACCCAGCACGAAGAGUUUGUCGCCAGCCUGAAACAACAACAACAGCAGCAGCAGCAGCAGCAACAACAGCCGCAGCCUGCCCCUGUACCACAGCUAGCUACCCCCGCUGAGCCUGAAAAGGCCCCACCUAUGACUACACAGGCUGGGGAUGUGAAACCUGCCAUGUCAGGUCCCCCUCCAGGGGAGUUUGAUGGAGCUUCCUCCCGGCCACAGGAUCCCAGCAACCCCAGUGCACCUUCAGAAAUCCCCUCCAACAAGCCUGCGUGGUAUGACCCCCAGCACAUGGGCCCCUGGAACCCCAACCAGCCGCCUCCUUUUGAUCCAAACCAGCCUCCCCCUCCUUGCCCUCCAUGGAACAGCCAUGAGGGCAUGUGGAACGAACAGAGGGAGCCACCCAACUGGAGUGGAGGUCCACCCAGAGAAGGAGGCCCCUGGAGUGGUCCAGGUGGGUCUGAACCAGGCCCUCCAUCUUGGAACUCAUAUGACCAACAGCCACCAUGGGGGAAUCAGCCUGACCAGCCUCCCUGGGGCCAGAGGGAGCCCCCAUUUCCUCCACGCAUGCAGAGACCUCCUCAUUUCAGAGGACCCUUUCCUCCCCACCAGCAGCCACCUCCUUUCAACCAGCCUCCUCCACCUCCACACAACUUCGGACGCUUCCCUCCGCGGUUUAUGCAGGAUGACUUUCCUCCCAGACACCACUACGACAGGCCGCCGUACACCCCACACCGCUUUGACUAUGCUCAGGGAGAGUUUCCCGGAGGUGAGGGCAGAGACAUGCCAGGCCCUCCUCCACACCACCAUCCCAAUCAGAGGCUUCCUCCCCCAGGUAUGGGGGCUGAUCAUCCUCCCUGGGGUGGAGGCCAGCACCCGGAUUUCGGCCCACCCCCACACGGCUUCAACGGUCAUUCACCCCACAUGCGUCAUCGGCAGCAUCCAGUCCAAGAUGACCCAAGUCUGGUGCCUAACGUACCUUACUUCGACCUGCCAGCUGGUCUCAUGGCUCCUCUGGUCAAACUUGAGGACUGUGAUUAUAAACCACUAGACCCUAAAGAUAUCCGACUGCCCCCUCCCAUGCCACCCAGUGAUCGGCUGCUUGCUGCUGUGGAAGCUUUCUACAGCCCUCCAUCCCACGAUCGGCCGAGGAACAGUGAAGGCUGGGAGCAGAACGGCCUGUACGAGUUUUUCAGGGCCAAGAUGAGAGCCAGGAGGAAAAAGGGACAGGAGAAACGCAACAGUGGUCGUGCAGGCAGUCGUUCCAGGAGUCACUCUCGCAGCAGAGGGAGGUCUUCAUCUCGCUCCAGCUCUCGCUCUUCAAAGUCCUCCAGGUCACGGUCCCGAUCCUCUCGUUCUCGCUCCCGCAGCCGCUCCCGCUCCUACUCACGAUCCAGGUCCAGGAGUAGAUCCAGGUCAUCUCGGAGUCGCUCUCGCUCCAGAUCCAGAUCCCGUUCACGUUCACCCACCAAGAGACGCCGUGGCCCCAAAUCCCGUAGCUCCUCCCCUCCCUCCACAUCAGUCCUGGGCGGUCCUCCCUCCAAACUCUCUACAGAUACCAGGCUAGGGGAGGAGAACAAGGGCCAUCAGCUGCUGAUGAAGAUGGGCUGGAGUGGCUCAGGUGGUCUGGGGGCAAAAGAACAGGGCAUCCAGGACCCCAUCAAAGGAGGAGAUGUCAGGGAUAAAUGGGACCAGUACAAAGGUGUGGGUGUGUCAUUGGAUGACCCUUAUGAGAACUAUCGCAGGAACAAGAGCUACAACUUUGUUGCCCGCAUGAAGGCGCGAGAGGAAGUGAAUCGGGAACCUCAGGAUGCCCCUUCGACUGACUGAUGUCAUCACAUGGUGUCAACCAGCCUCCUCAUCUUCUCUGUUGCCACCUCCGCCGAGGAUCUGAAUUUUCAGAUUGCUUCUUCAGAUCCGUCGGUUUUCCAUCCAGGAUUCUAGUCCACAGUCCCAGAUCCUUCCUCUUUCCACAGAAACCAGAUUGACAAUACAAAGCACCACCACACUUGUGAAGCUUGUGAAGAUGCGCAAAGCCUUUUUUGCUCUCUGCUCAGUGUAAGAGCUUGGAUGAGUUUGUCCUAGCAGAAAGAAUCAGAACUGCAGCUGGAACAGUGAGCGUUAACACUAGUAACACUGCAGAAAUUUUUAAUGAAGCAGCACAUGCUGGGACAUUAGAACUACUUUCUAAUGAAAAAGAUGGAGCCUAGCACUUGCGUGUAUUUCAUUCCCAGUCUUUUGGAUUUGUCUUUUUUUUUAAAGCAGUCUCUAAAAAGAGUCUCAGUGCUCCUUCAGUGUGUAGGCUGGUACCGGAAGGCUGACUCAGACUUUGCCCCGACAUUUAAGAUCAACAAGCAGCAGAAAAUAAAUGGGACAAAUUUUGUAUAAAAAAAACUGAGAAUAGAAAAAAGUGAAAUGCUGUUUUGAAAGCGAGUGGACCCUCCAUAAUUUAUGCACACAUGUCAACCGUUGAAUGGGAAAGGGUGUUAAAUUAUUUUAAUUUGAGUUUAACAGUUUUCAUUCUUCUCAUGUUGCUCCAGUAAAUGACUAGUUCACCCAAAUCAGAAAAAUCUCAUUUGCCCCUUAUGGUGUCUCCAAUAAAAUGCUUUCAGUUUUAUUUGCAGAGGCUUUGGAAAAUCAUUUAAAAAAAAAACAUCAACAGCAGUGUUUCCCCUCCAGAAAUGACACCUACUCACUAAUCCAGAUUUUACAAUGGAAGCAUUCUCUGCUGAAUGAAGAGUUCUCUCUGUGGGUGGUGUCAGAUCUUAUUGGUGGAUCUCUCUGAACUUCUGCAAAUAAAACUGAAUAUGUAUAUAUUCCAGAUAUCAGUAGGAGUAAGUGGAAACAUUUUUUGUCAUUUGUGUGAACUGACUUUUUUAGGACAAAAAAAUUGGAGAAGGAGGUUUGGUUGUGGGUGGUAUUUGUUGUUUUUUCACUGCAGAUUAUUGUGAUACUUUUUCAUGUUAUGACUUCUUCUAUAGAGAUAUGUAAGUCUGUCAUUUAGUUGUAGUAUUAAAAUAAAUCCCCCUAAACAAAAAGUCCUAAAUACAAAAUCAGUUUUAUUUUUCCUCUACAAACACACCAGAGAUGUAACCUAAGUAAACAGGACUCUGAUUACGUGUAAAUGUUGAAGGAAAGUGUGACAUUCAGUGAACAGUUCUUUUGACCCACUUCACAUUAGUGAGUUCUUCCUCUGUUUCAACUGGAUUUUGUUCUCCCAUCAUUAAGAAGCAGUUAUUUGGAAUGUACAUAGAGCUUACUGAUUUUUUUCCUUAGCGAAGACAUGGAUCUGCUGAAAUAUGUUGUGUGGAACAGAGGCCCAUUUCUACGAGAAAAAGAAAAUAAAAUCAAACAUUUUGAAAUUAUAAAAAUAAAAAUACUUGUGGUAAGUCCAGUUAACGAGAUAAUAAGUCAAAAUUCUGUCCUACAGUUUUGUAACUGUGAUUUAAAAGGUCAAACUUUCCAAAUCUCUGUCAUAAAUCAUCUACAUCUUUACCUACAAGCCACAGUUUUGUAUAAUUUUAAUGUAGUAUCUCAUAAUUUAGACUUU